AUGAGGUAAUUAAAUGAAGAAGAAACUAAAAUAUUUUUUGAAAAAUUAGGAGAGUAUAUAGGAGCAAAUAUUAAACUAUUAAUUGAAAAUGAAGAGGAUCCUCAUGUUUUUAGAUUAAUCAAGAAUAAAGUAUAUUAUAUGUCUUUAUAAAUUGCAAAUUGGGCAACAAAUGUAGGAAAAGAUGAAUUAUUACAGUAUUUAAUUUAAAAUAAAUAUUAAAGUGUUGGCACAUAUUUUGGAAAAUUUACAAAAACUAAAAAGUUUAGAUUGAACAUCACUUGUUUAGAGAUUUUAGCAAAAUAUGCUAAACAUAAAGUUUGGUUGAAACCUAGUGGAGAACAAUCUUAUUUAUAUGGAAAUCAUGUGAUAAAAGGUAAAUAAAAAUUAUAUCUUUAUAGCACAUCUAGCAAAAAUGUCUGAAAAUAUUCCUUAGUAUGCAAAUGUCAUUUUAUUCUCAUUAUAAGAAAAUCCAUUAGGUUUUGGUGUGGCAUCAAGAUCAACUUUAUAAUGCAAAGAUUUAGAUCCCACUGCUGUAGUUGUUUUUAAUUAGGCAGAUUUAGGAGAAUAUUUAAGAUCAGAAGAUGACAAAAAUAAUGAAAAAUGA